AUGUCGACUACCGUGGAUAAGAUCAAAGACAUUGAGGCCGAGAUGGCCAAAACCCAAAAGAACAAAGCAACAUCGUUCCAUCUCGGCAUGCUAAAAGCCAAACUUGCCAAACUAAAACGCGAACUUCUAACCCCUACAACAUCCGGCGGCGGUGGCGGUUCCGGUUUCGACGUUGCGCGUACAGGUGUAGCCAGUGUAGGCUUUAUCGGUUUCCCUUCCGUGGGCAAGAGUACGCUUAUGAGCAAGCUUACGGGACAGCAUAGUGAGGUUGCGGCGUAUGAGUUUACGACUUUGACAACAGUGCCGGGGCAGGUGCUUGUCAAUGGAGCGAAGAUCCAGAUGUUGGAUUUGCCGGGAAUUAUUGAGGGCGCGAAGGAUGGUAAGGGUAGAGGUAGGCAGGUUAUUGCUGUGGCGAAGACUUGUCAUUUGAUCUUUAUUGUGUUGGAUGUUAAUAAGCCACUUACGGAUAAAAAGGCAGGAAUUAUGCUGACUGGUGAAACUCAGGUCAUCGAAGCUGAAUUAGAAGGUUUUGGCAUCCGGAUCAACAAGUCUCCACCAAAUAUUGUCUUCAGAAAGAAAGACAAGGGAGGCGUCAGCAUUACAAACACCGUCCCACUCUCACAUAUCGACCAUGAUGAGAUCAAAGCUGUCAUGAACGAGUAUAAGAUUUCGUCUGCGGAUAUUGCGAUCCGGUGCGACGCCACAAUCGACGAUCUCAUCGAUGUUUUGGAAGCAAAAAGCAGGAGCUAUAUUCCAGUCAUUUACGCCCUGAACAAGAUUGAUGCUAUUUCAAUAGAGGAGCUCGACUUACUCUACAGGAUUCCCAACGCAUGUCCAAUUUCAUCUGAGCAUGGCUGGAACAUCGAUGAGUUACUGGACCAAAUGUGGGAAAAGCUCAACCUUGUGAGAGUGUACACAAAGCCUAAAGGAAAAUUACCCGACUACACCCAGCCAGUUGUGCUCCGUUCCACGAAAUGCACAGUUGAAGAUUUCUGUAAUGCUAUACACAAGACUAUUGUAGAGGAUUUCCGACAAGCAGUUGUUUAUGGAAAGUCUGUCAAGCAUCAACCCCAACGAGUUGGGCUAAGCCACGAGCUUGCCGAUGAAGAUAUUAGUAAGUCGCUAGAUACCCCAACCAAUCCUUCCUUUGCGGCCUCCUUUCUAACCGUUGUUUCAGUCACCAUCAUCAAACGAUAG